UUUGUGGUCGAUGGCUUUGGGAAAUCCUCCUCCUUCUUUGAUAAGUUCUACGCGAAAGUUUUGUAAAGGUUCGAUUUUCCUUCCAAACAAUGCGGUAGCGUUCUUCUCAGUAAGGAUCAUGCUCAUCAUCCUACGCGUCAUUUCCAUUUCAUCCGCACUUGGGCACUCCUCGUUCGUAAAUUCCCCUCGGCCUUUCAGUUCUUUGUAUUCCUGUUUGAGCUCCUGAGUGGUCUUGGCAAUUUGGCGCAUAUUCGCAGGUUUUAUCCUCAUUGCUUUUUUCCUUCCAUCAACUUUAACCCCGUAGCGGUUCUCGUUGGUAGGGUCGGAAAGAGAGACAAUCUUGCCCCUUCUACCGUUGAGUUUCGAUGUCUUGAGUCCAAAAAGGGCAACGCGGUCUCCCUUUUGAAAUGCUUGAUUCUUGGUAGCCAGGGAUGACGACGCCUCGGUUUGAUGACUUUCCUCUCUGGUAGCGUUGAACGGAUCACUUGCCUCCAACCUUUCAGGUCUUAUGUUGAUACUCUUGAUGGACAUCGCCUUGUCGCAUCCAUCUACCCAAACUCCGUAUCGGUUUUCUUCCUUUGAGGAAUGAGCUCCGGGAAGAUACACGAUCGUUCCUUUCUUACCGUUCAUUCCCGUCGACUUCAAUCCGACAAGGGUCACACGGUCUCCCUUGGCCAAUACUUUGCCUUGCAUUGUUUUCAUUUUAAGAUUGGAGAAACAUAGAUUUAUGACAAAAGGGAUUUCAUGAUGGCACGGUCGCUUAGCGACUAGUAGUAUAGCUUGAUUGCCCAUAAUGGUGAGGUUGAAUUCUACUCGUUUGUUGUAAUUUCCAUAUCUUUUGUAUUUUUUCUCGCAGAUUUCGCUGAUUGGUUCAAACUAAAAUUUAAAAUUUCAACGGCGUGGAUAAUGCUAGUACUGGAAGCAUUUCUAAUAACUCCUACCCUACUACUAGUACUACCAAACUUCGAGAAGCUACUCGAGAACACGAACCCCGAAGAAAAGAAAACCACCGCUAGCAAGAAGUUCCGUCCCUCCCUCCUCGUAUUCAUACCAGGCACCGGUACUUCUUUCUUACCUAAUAGUUCUUUUGACUCCAAGAACCAUUUGAUAGAGGCCGGAGGACGGCGAGGAGGAGGCAAGACGACGGAUAAGAACUAGGAAUAGUAGUACUACGAUUAUUACGUAAAACUAGCAAUGAAUAGUACAAGUACUGGCUAGUAUUACUAAUUACUGCAAGUAAAAAGUGUAACUGCUUCUGAACGUCAUUAGACUGCUGGUGCUGCUUCUUCAUAGAAAUUACUACUGUUUUACGUACGAUAGACCAAUUCCAACACGAAAUUAGAAAUCUGUCCUAGUAGUAAUUUCUUGUUCCAUACCGUAUCAUCUUGGGUCCAGUACUCGUAUCAACUAUUACCGUCCGUCCGUCAGUCCAACGAAAUUAUCUUCGUGAUCACUCAACCCUUUCGACACAUCCUCACGAAAACACUUUUUUCUUUUCUGAAAAAUUAUUUUGUUGUCGCUUCCAUGAAACCCAUCACCAAAGUAUUAGCAGUCGCAAUACACAAUUGAAACUGCGAGAGCGAUCGACUCGAAAAUAAAAACGGGAAUAGUCAAAUGAUAAAUGCCUCGAAAUUCAUUGUGUGAAGACAGAAAAGAAAUUGAAGAAUGAGUUCUACGCGAGGACCUCCGCAAUUGAUGUUUGAUGAUGGCUCCCGUGUCAUGAUGGAAGACAGCGAAAGCAACGUUGUCGUUCCGAAUGAAUCCUCGGAGCAACCGUUAGUUCCUAUUCAGCGUGGAUCCAUUCCAUUGCACGUAUAUUACGAAAUCAAUCGCAUGAGCACAGAAACAAUCGAUCUCCUCGUAUCGGAGGAGUCGUCGAAUUCGACAGAAAGCACCACUGUCCUGCGGAUCGCACUUCAGUUCCCGGACGAACUUCUUCAGGAUAGUCCAGAAGUAUGCUGGUUGCUGGAAGACAAGAUCCGAGAGGAACUAGAAGGACGCUCGAGGACAAACAUAAUUCCAUUUUGUUUCGUAUUGGGUGAUACGACCGUCAAUUCCUGUUGUCCCGACGAGGUAGCCGCUCUUCAUCUCAACGCAGAUGUUUUGAUUCAUUAUGGGCACGCAUGUUUGUCUCCGACUGGCACGCUACCAGUAUUGUAUUCCUUUGGAAAACUUGAAUUUGGGGAUCUCGAUGGCACCGUCUCACAAUUACAAGCUGCUCGAAGCGAGCGCAGCAAAGACGACACAACCAACAACAAGUUUCUCGUCUUGUACCAAGUAGGGUAUCACCAUGCGAUGAAAGAAUUACAGGAACGAUGGAUGAAUGAAGACACCGAAAAAUCUCUUCAAGUUGUAGUAGCCGAGAUACCAGCUCUUUCGCAAAAAUGCAACCAGCGACCGAAAACAAGUAGACCUACCGUCAAUUCGACGCGGACAGGAGGUUGCUGCCAAUCCGACAAUUCUCCUAAAAACAACACUGGAAGUAGUGGGUGCUGCGGAGAUAGCUCAGAAUCACCCUCUGAGAAGAAUAUUGUUUUGCCAUCAUCCUCAUGCUGUAAUAGCAGAGAAAAAGGGGAAAACUGCCUUUCUGCGGUGUCCUCUGAGGCUGGAACUUUACAAGAGGGCGAACCAGAUCAGAGUGACCCCGGCAGCAAUGAAGCUCCUCUUCGUCCCAUGGUAGUUGGUGGCCUCGAAUUGCCACGCGACAAAAUUUCGUCUUGGGAUGAUCUUGUCGACUACACAGUUUUGUUCAUAAUGGGAAAUCCCGAGAGCGAUGCCGACAAAUACAGCACCGAUGAUAAUACAACUCCACAGCAACGUCAUUAUGCUAACAGCAUGCUAUGUUUUUUGUCGCUGCCACACGGGGAGCCACAGGGAGGAUAUUGGAUUUAUUCCCCCAAGAGCAAGGCCUUGCGGACGAACGUCUCUCCACCACCCGCCAUUCGUCGCCAAUUGAAGCGUCGGUUCUUCUUGACCCAAAAGGCACGCGAUGCGAACGUCUUUGGAAUUUUGGUUUCCAAUCUGUCUCAGCAAUACUUAGUGGACGUCGUGAAAUCCCUUCAGCGGAUCAUCCAGGAUGCCGACCGGACGGCCUAUUCGUUUGCAGUCGGGAAAAUAAAUCCUGCCAAACUAUCCAAUUUUGCCGAGAUUGAAACCUUUGUGAUGGUUGCCUGCCGAGAAAACUCGUUGUUGGACCAGGAACGAGAGUAUCCGAUUCCGGUGAUCACACCCAUGGAAUUGGAGAUUGCUCUAGAAAAUCUUCAAUGGGGCAUGCAGCCGUACAGUUUGGACUGCCAGGACGUGAUGAUUCGAUUGGGAGAAGAACGACAACAAAAACAACUCGACGCCAUGGGCGGGAAUACCGACGGAGAAAAUGCCAACGACAACUGCAGCGUCGAAAACGAGUACGACAACGAUGAUUCGGAUGCUCCGUACUUUUCCAUGAUCACGGGUCGAUACGAAUCCCGUAAGUCAAAGACAUCAUCAAACGAUCUCGAUCUCAGGGCUUUGCCUGGACAAGGACAGGUUACAGAAUACAAGAGCGAGGCUGCUAACUUUUUGAAACAGAGAGAAUAUCAGGGAUUAGAAAGCAAGGUUGGAGAGACCGAAGCCAAAGCCGCAGUCUUGGGAAUGAGGGGAAUUGCUUCCGGCUAUGAUAAAUAAAGCAACUGAAACGUCAAUAACUGCUUUGAAAUUAAACGCUAAACAUAAUGAGGAGACUAUUGGAACUUUGAAAAUCUGCUAUCUUCAAAUAUAUAAUUCGCGACUCAGUAUUGAAGUAUGAUUGUCUAAGUAAUCCAUUUGAAGAGUACGGUGUGGAUGUAAUAAUCUUCCCCUUGAUCUACACUCAUUGAGAUAGACCGUGGAUGGGCAUGUGUAAAUAUAAUCUGAUCUCCAGUUUCCUAGACUUGUAUAUAGCUUGCUUGCAAAACAUCGCCCUUCUCGUCUUCAUUCGUCGUCAUCUGGUGGAAGAAUGAAUGCUGCAGCUACUCUUCGGUCUUCUCCGUUCAACACAUUGAAGGUCCCCAUGGCAUUUGAUACGUCCAACACCUCCACAACCAAUCCAGGAGCUUCUCUCCUCAGUUCUUUUCGGAUCGACUCGGUCACUUGUUGUGGAAUCGGCUCACUGCUCCCCAAAAAGAGGUAUUCCAGCUUGGGUCUGUACAACAAAAUUGGAGAGAGGGAUUCCACGGUCAAUUCCUUAGGGUCUCGGACCUUCCACAAAAAGCACGCACUCGGUAGAGCAAUAAUAGAACCCGCACAGUGCACCACACCUCCUGUCUGCUGAAGGCUUUCGUCGGUUGGAUCCUUGUUUUUUAUCAUGUUGAGCACGUCAAAGCCGCUGGCGGAAUGGCCCUUCAGAAUUAUUUUCGGGACACCAUCGUUGUGGGCCAGGGAGUCAUUAAGAAGAUCGGUUCCAUGUCCUUCCCAGCUGCUUAGAAGUCUCGUACCGUGAUUGAAUUGUUGUUGCCAUUGUUGUUGCCGUUGGAAGAAUCGAGUACUUGAUGAUGACAAGGUACUUUUUGCUGAUGCUAUCUGCCGACACCGUCCGAGAAAAUGCCGACAAUGGUUCAUAUCUAGAUUCUUCCUUUCUACUCUCUAAUAAGUUCAAUAUUGGAAU